AUGCGAGACUUCCCCUGGGCAGCAGGAGGCACGCGUUUAGAGAAUGCUGGAACUGCAGGAGGGGAGCGCCCAGUGCAAAACCAGAGAGGAGCCAAGAGAAAAAAGGCAAGCAGACAGCCAGCAUUGAGAGAAGCGAGUGGCAGAACGUGCUUCGACGCUGCCUCUGGCAGCGCACUCCCCAGAGGAACUUGACGAGAGCCCAUCUGCGUGCGUGUGAGACUGUGAGCUCAGGAUUUCUGUCAAUGCAUUCCAGUAACCCCAAAGUGAGGAACUCCCCAUCAGGCAACACACAGAGUAGCCCCAAAUCAAAGCAGGAGGUGAUGGUCCGUCCCCCUACAGUGAUGUCCCCGUCUGGCAACCCCCAGCUGGAUUCCAAAUUUUCCAACCAGGGCAAACAAGGGGGCUCCACCAGCCAAUCCCAGCCCUCUCCCUGUGACCCCAAAAGUGGAGGUCACCCCCCCAAAGUGCUCCCUGGCCCAGGUGGGAGCAUGGGGCUGAAGAAUGGGGCUGGAAAUGGUGCCAAGGGGAAGGGGAAGAGAGAGAGGAGCAUUUCGGCAGACUCCUUUGAACAGAGGGAAGCUGGGACUCCUAACGACGACCCUGAAAUCAAAGACUGCAAUUCUGCUGAUCAUGUGAAGUCCCAGGAUUCUCAGCACACACCACACUCCAUGACUCCUUCAAAUGCUUCAGCCCCAAGGUCUUCCACACCUUCCCAUGGCCUGACUGCUGCUUUGGAGCCAGCAAGUGGGCAGAAGACUCCAUCCAAAGUGGUUUACGUCUUUUCUACUGAGAUGGCCAACAAGGCUGCAGAAGCUGUGCUGAAGGGACAGGUGGAAACCAUCGUGUCCUUUCAUAUCCAGAACAUCUCGAAGAGCAAGGCGGAACGAAACACUGUACCCUUGAACCCCCAGAUCACUGCACUUCGGACUGAACCCAAGCCCCUGCCGCAGCCGCAGCCCCCUUCCACC